GACAACUCCAUUCACCACCAUCUUCUCAGCACCCACAAACCACAAAUGGCCAGCCCACCCCCCCUACAGGGGAUCAAGGUCCUCGAGUUCGCCGGCCUGGCGCCGGGACCCUUCGCAGGCCUCCUUUUGGCUGACGCAGGCGCGUCCGUCAUCCGCGUCGACCGGCCCUCCGCGUCGUCCAGCCCCACGGCAGACCUCCUCACGCGCCACAAGGCCUCGGUAGCAGUAGACCUGCGGACCGGCGAGGGCAAGGCCGCGGCGCGGCGCCUCGCGCUCGCCGCCGACGUGGUGAUCGAGCCGUUCCGGCCGGGGGUCAUGGAGCGGCUGGGCCUGGGCCCGGCGGAGCUGUGCGCGGCGAACCCGGGGCUGGUGUACGCGCGCAUGACGGGGUUCCGGCGCGACGGGCGGUACGCGGCCAUGGCGGGCCACGACAUCAACUACCUCGCCGUCAGCGGGGUGCUGGGGAUGCUGGGGUGGGGCCGCGGCGACGGCUCGUCGCCCGCGGGGGACCAGGCGAGGAGGCCGGCCCCGCCCACCAACAUCCUGGGGGACUUUGCCGGCGGCGGCGCGGUGCUCUUCCAGGGGGUCCUGAUGGCGCUGCUGGCGAGGGCGCGCAACGGCGGCCGCGGCCAGGUCGUCGAGGCCAACAUGGUCGACGGCGCCGGCUACCUGGCCACGUUCCCGCGGCUCUCGCGCAGGACGCCCAUGGGCGACGGCCCGCGGGGAUCCAACGUCCUUGACGGCGGCUGUCCUUACUACGACACGUACCAGACGCGCGACGGGGGGUACAUGGCCGUCGGCGCGCUGGAGCCGCAGUUCUACGCCGAGCUGAUCAAGGGCCUGGGCCUGGAGGGCCAAGGGUGGGAGGACAGGAGGCUCGACAGGGACUGCUGGCCCGAGAUGAAGGCCGUGUUUGGGAGGUCGUUUGGGAGCCGGACGAGGUCCGAGUGGGAGGCCGUGUUUGAUGGCACCGAUGCGUGCUGCACGCCCGUGCUGGACUAUGCCGAGCUCGAGGGCGCCACGGCUGGGGACGGGCGCGAGGGCGACCAGAGGCCGGCCGUCACGCUGCGGGACACGCCGUGCCUGGCUGUCGACUCCGGGGCGAGGCCAUCCUCGUCGGACCCGGCUAGCCGUGGACAGGGCCCCGGUGUCCCUGGCGAUGGGUAUGAGGGCACGCCACUGGCGCCGGGGGACGGCGGAGAGGAGGCACUCAGGGCCUGGCUUGGGUGGGAGAAGGGGAGGCAGUAUGAUGUUCAGAACGGCGGUCUAGUUCUGACGACAAGCUCUAAAUUGUGAAUAGACAGAAAACAAACGCCAGCCUGUAUCCUUGAAAGACCCAUCUAUCCCUGACCCUUUAUACUGUAUCUUCUGGGCCUUUACUCUCAUGUGGCUCCCCAGUGCAGUCUAUAUCCCUCGCUAUCCGCCGUGACACAAUGUGAUUGAGGCAUUCGCCGCUUAGCUGUAUCGCCCAUGGGUAAUAAAAGGGCUGCUGUGGUCGGUCUCAGCGGCGUAUUUUGAAGAUGGAACGAGGUGGUGCUCACCCCGUGCCAUGGAGUGCUUGCAUGUUUGAGUAUAUUCUUGUUCAGCCUUGUUCAUCAAUUGUCGGCCAGUCCACCCACUGUAAUCGCCGGGCCGGGCUAGGUGGAGGAGGUUUCGGCGGCCGUGGCGAGGGAGGUCGGUCUCGGGACUGGCACACGGCGGACUCUCGAGAUGAGGCACAGGAGGCCAUGGUUGUGAGAGGUGUUGAGGAUGGAGCUGUGGUUCGAGAGAGGAGAAAGCACGGGAUGGGUGAUCAAAGGGAAACCCGUCCUGGGAGAACCACUCAGGCAGAUGUGAGACAAGAAAAGAUCCAGCCCGUCCAGGACAUCCCACUAGGUAGGGGACAGCAAGCACGGGCAAGCUAUAGGAGGAUACGGAUGGACAAUAGAUAGUCCCAAAACCUUCCUAGGACCCGGCUCCCGGGUCCUAGGUUCUUGACGUAAACAAGCUACAGAGCUCAAACCAGCCGAGCAGCAAGACCUGCACUCUCGUCAGCCCACUUCUGGUCAACUUGCCUUCCCGUUGUCACCAAGGCUUCCCUGCACGGGCAGCAAGAGUCGAGCGCAGAGCCUUCCGAUGCCUGCAUGUACAAUGCAGAAGCGCAUCCAUGCGCAUGCGCGCAUUGGGGCAAAUCAGACUGGGACUCUGCUGCAUGGUGCCAUAGAGGUGCCUCGACACACCCCCCCCUUCACCGUCUAUCCGCAAUGCGUGAGCAUGAAUGAGAGUGUGUUCGCGACAAGGCUGGGGGGCUGCUCAAGGUGAGAUGGUAGAUUCCGAGACAUGUGAAGAAGAACCAACCAUAUGGGGCACGAGUGAAAUGCUCCGUACGCGGAGAUCCCCCGAUCCCCCACCCGAUCGAUAGCGGCAGGGACUUGGCUUGGAGGGGCGUAGGGGAGGUGUAUCCGUGAAGGGAUGAGUGGUUCCCGGCAGCCGUUGCGGUGUGAGGCAAGGGAAAGGUGAUGCACUCAC